UUUUGUGUAAACAUAAGCGUCUGCUGAAUAUACUGUGUAUGUAUUAAUACUGUUGAAUAGCUGACCAGGAUGUUUUGGCCUGUGAUCAUAGGAAUAUCUUGCAUCAAAACGCUCUUGAUAUUUGCAUAUCGGUCAACUGAUUUUGAAGUCCAUCGAAACUGGCUUGCUAUUACACACAGCUUACCUGUAAGCAAAUGGUACUAUGAUCACACCUCGGAAUGGACUUUGGACUAUCCUCCUUUGUUUGCUUGGUUUGAAUUUAUUUUAGCUAAGAUUGCAUGGUACUUUGAUCCCCUGAUGCUUAAAGUUGAAAACCUUAACUAUGCAUCUGUGGCAACUGUGGUAUUUCAGCGUGUCUCUGUAAUUGCUUCUGAUCUCGUCUACGCAUAUGGAUGUAAAAUAUGCAGUGAGGAGGUUGGAAGAGCAUCGGGUCAAAUAAGUGAUAUUACAUAUCAGUUAUUCAUUAUCUUAUUUGGAAAUGCUGGGCUCUUUUUAGUUGAUCACAUACACUUUCAAUACAAUGGAUUUCUUUUUGGAAUUUUGUUUAUAUCAAUUGCGAGAAUGAUACAGAGGCGGGAAAUCGAGGCGGCUUUCUGGUUUUCAGUUCUCUUAAACUUAAAGCAUAUAUAUUUGUAUAUAGCUCCAGCAUACUUUAUCUAUCUCCUGCGAUCAUACUGCUUAUUCACUGAUUCUGAGGGGAAGAUACAAUGGAACAAGCUUUCAAUUAUCCGCUUACUGAAUCUGGGUGUGACAGUCUUAGCUGUUUUUGGACUUUCUUUUGGGCCUUUUAUUUACAUGGGACAGCUAAAUCAGGUGCUGUCCCGUCUCUUCCCCUUCAAAAGAGGAUUAAGCCAUGCAUAUUGGGCCCCAAAUUUUUGGGCACUUUAUAACUUUGCUGACAAAAGUUUGGAGAUGUUUGGAAGUAAGUUUGGGCUGAUAACAAAAUCUGAGGCUAGCAUGACUGGCGGUUUAGUACAAGAAUUUAAUCAUGCAGUUCUUCCUUCAGUCUCUCCUCUAAUGACUCUUGUUGCCACCGUUUCAGCUAUAAUUCCUGUCCUUGUGCACUUAUGGAAAAAUCCCAAUAGUCCUUGGCAAUUUGUAAGAGGCCUUGUGAUAUGUGGUUUUGGAUCAUUUAUGUUUGGCUGGCACGUUCAUGAGAAAGCAGUUUUAUUAAUAAUACUGCCUUUAGGGUUGUUGUGCAUGCAGCGCAGAGUUGAAGCCCAGAUAUUUGUUCUCACGAGUAUUGUUGGCCAUUUUUCCCUUUUCCCUCUAAUAUUUACUCACCAUGAAACUCCAAUUAAGGUUUUGGUAUUGCUCCUUCAUGCCCUUAUAACUACACACACACUCCAGAGCCAUUGGGACCUGGGAAAAUCAAAUCAUCUCCUACCCCAGAUUCACUUGUGCAGUGGACCAGAAACAUUUUAUAUAGCUGGUCUCAUACCAUUGUUCAUUUAUUAUGAAUUUGGACAUAGGAUAUUGGGCCUUGCUGAAAGGCUUCCAUUUUUGCCUCUGAUGCUGAUAUCUGUGUAUUGUGCUCUUGGUAUUUUCUAUGCAUGGGCCAGCUAUUAUUGUUUUGUCUUAUCUGCUCCUAAAAAGGGUAAAAAGAAAAUUCACUAAAGUCAUCUGUCUUGAUUUUCAUAAAAUCAUUCCCCAGCUUUGCAGCAUAUAUUUCACAUAUUAGUGUAUGUGUCAAUAAUAUUACAAAGAAAUUUAUUUACUGUAGUUUUCCUAAAUAUAAAUGAAAAUUUUAUAUGGAA